GAGCCGGCUACGCUCUCCAGCAAUGCGGCCAGCUUCAGGACCUGAUCGACAUCUCGCUCUCCAGCUUGCAGGGGCUCCGCACCAAGUGCGCCGCUUCCAACGACCUCACGCAGCAGGAGAUCCGCACCCUGGAGGUGAAACUGGUCCGUUAUAUUGGUAUCCAGUUACAGUGCAAGCUCAGCGUCCCCUUAAAUGACAGGACAGUUGAGCUGAACAGCUAUCCCAGGCUCAGCGACUGGUUGUACCUUGUUAACCUGCGGAAGGACGUCAUCCAGAGGAUUCCAGAAGACCUCACUCUCGAUGCCUUCUUGGAGAUGAACGACUUGAAAGUCAAAGAUACGAUGAAGAGAUACGGGGCCAGCACUGAAGAAUGUUCCCGCCUGAACGGAGCCCUCGCCUGCUUGAAGAAAGCAACGCGGAUGGGUGGAGAGUACAAAGACCACCUGGUGUGGAAUCCACCCGAUGUUUGCCGGGAAACCAGUCUGAUGCCCCCUUCUGAACUUUCACCCUGCCCUCCAGGGCUCAUGUGGAUACAAGGCAGCCUUUCCCAUUUGAAAGGCAAUGGCCCACAGCCUCGUUCUGUCUCGGUCUCCACCGUCCCUUCUUCGGACAACAUGCUCACGGGUCAAGGUCCCCCUACCUUCGCCGAUAGCCUCUUGGAAUCCUUUGCUUUCCCCACCCACUGCGGGCGGCGGAACCUCAGAACUCCUCACAGUACCGCCGUUACCCCACCAACCACGCCUCAGCUCAAGAGAGGGAAGCCACCACGGACUCCGCCCCCACCCAGCCGAAAGGUUUUCCAGCUGCUGCCCAACUUCCCAACUCUCACGAGGAGCAAAUCUCACGAGUCCCAGCUCGGCAAUCGGAUAGAUGAAGUUCCUCCUAUGAAAUUUGAUUUACCCCAGGGAUCGCCACAAGCGGUACGAAGAGAUAUCGGUCUGUCUGUAACGCAUAGGUUUUCUACAAAAUCCUGGCUCUCUCAGGUGUGCCAAGUGUGUCAGAAAAGCAUGAUGUUUGGAGUAAAAUGCAAACAUUGCAGAUUAAAAUGUCACAAUAAAUGCACCAAAGAAGCCCCACCCUGUAGAAUAUCUUUCUUACCAAUACCACGGUUAAGGAGAACAGAGAGCGUCCCUUCCGAUAUCAACAAUCCGGUGGACCGGCCUUCAGAACCGCAGUUUGGGACUCUCCCCAAAGCCCAAGCUAAAAAGGACCAUCCCACAGCAAUCAAUCACCUCGACUCCAGUAGCAACCCAUCUUCUACCACCUCUUCCACACCAUCCUCUCCAGCUCCCUUCCAGUCUUCCAACCCCCCUAGCGCAACACCUCCCCCAAACCCAUCUCCCAUGGGACAGCGGGACAGCCGGUUCAACUUCCCAGCUUCUCACUACAUUCAACACAGACAACAGUUUAUCUUUCCAGAAAUUCCUGGAACUCCACAAAUAACGCAGCCUCCUGAAACUACGGAAAGUACUAACAAUGCUGAGGUGCCCCUAGAGACUGAUGGAGUUGAAGAACGGGACACAGAGCACACGGAUGACCAAGAGCAAAACAAGAUGGAAGCUGAGGAUGAUGAAGACGAAAUUGAUGACCUGCCAACUCGGCGUUCGCGAUGGCGGGGGAUGAUCUCACGCAAGGCUAGCCAAACCAGCGUCUACUUGCAGGAAUGGGACAUUCCCUUUGAGCAGAUUGAACUGGGAGAUCCUAUUGGCCAAGGACGGUGGGGCAAAGUGUACCGGGGGAGAUGGCAUGGAGAGGUGGCCAUCCGCUUGCUGGAGAUAGACGGAAACAACCAGGAUCACCUGAAGCUCUUCAAGAAGGAAGUGAUGAACUACCGGCAAACCAGGCAUGAGAAUGUGGUGCUUUUUAUGGGGGCUUGCAUGAACCCCCCUCAUCUAGCAAUCAUUACCAGUUUCUGCAAAGGAAGGACGCUUCACUCAGUGGUCAGGGAUCCCAAAACACCUCUGGAUAUCAACAAGACCAGGCAGAUAGCUCAGGAGAUCAUUAAGGGCAUGGGGUACCUUCAUGCAAAAGGGAUCGUGCACAAAGAUCUCAAAUCCAAGAACAUUUUCUAUGAAAAUGGAAAAGUCGUGAUCACUGACUUUGGCCUGUUUGGAAUUUCUGGAGUGGUUCAAGAAGGAAGGCGUGAAAACGAACUGAAGCUGCCCCAUGAUUGGCUCUGCUACCUGGCUCCCGAGAUUGUGCGCGAGAUGGCUCCCGGGAAAGGCGAGGAUAAGCUGCCCUUCUCCAAAGCUGCGGAUGUCUAUGCUUUUGGGACCGUGUGGUACGAGCUCCAGGCCAGAGAAUGGCCCUUUCAGAGCCAGCCAGCAGAGGCCUUGAUUUGGCAGAUCGGAAGUGGUGAAGGAAUGAAGCACGUCCUGCAAGCAAGUAGCCUGGGGAAAGAAGUUGGGGAAAUCCUCUCGGCGUGUUGGGCUUUUGAUGUGGCUGAACGGCCCAACUUCACCCUCUUGAUGGAAAUGCUUGAAAAAUUGCCAAAGCUUAACCGGAGGCUCUCUCACCCGGGACACUUCUGGAAAUCAGCAGACCUUAACAGUAGCAAAAUGGCUAUUCGUUUUGAACGAUUUGCUCUGGGAGAUCUGGAAUCCAGUAAUCAAAAGAUAUAGCUUGCUGUGUUUUAAUGAUCCUUGGCUCCUGUUUUUUCCCCCCCUUCUGUGACGUUCACACGCCUGGGGAAAAACUUGUCUGCGAUCUUAAAAUGGAAAAUCCCAAAAGUUACAGAAGGAGAAGAUGGCGAGACCUCAUGCCGCCCUAGCAAUAUGGAUGUUUGAUGUGUUUGCUUAAGUCAGAGACUUCCUUUUUGAAAUGUUUACAUUUGAAUGACUUUUUUUUUUCUGUGUGAAUUAACGGUUAAUAAUAAACAUGAUAAAAAGGUGUCUUUUUUAAAAAACAACAACCCACCACCAAGCAUUUUCACCAGGACUUUUCUUAUUUCAAAUUAUUUGGGCACUAUUUAAAGUGAUUAUAAAACUGGGUUUUGUUCGUAAAGAAGCAGAAGUUUAGAAUGUUGCAUUGAGAAUGGGCCUUUUGUCAGCUGGAAGAUUUUGACAGGUCUUGAGGGCAGCCUGGUAGUAUAUAAGCCAUGGGUGGGGAACUAUGCCCUUUUAUAGCUUGUGGACUUCAACUCCCAGAAUUCCUGAGCCAUGCUGGCUCGGGAUUUCUGGGAGUUGAAGUUCACAAGCCAUAAAAGGGCCGUAGUUCCCCACUUCUGAUCUAAGCUGUCUGCAGGGCACUGUUUCACCAUUCCCAACGAGCCUUCCAGCUUGAGGGAAGGCCUGGAAAAUUGUGGGCCCCUUUUUCCAACCUUCCCUGCCUGGUUGCAGUUUGAAAGUGUUAUAAUCCUGCUGGGUAGACAGGGCCACUGAGCCGGCAUGUGCAUCUCUGAAGCUGCCAAAUUGAAAAUGAGCAUGAAAUAAAAUACAUGCCAUAAUAAAGCCAUCUCACCUGGAGAACUGAGAUAGGUUGCGGCUGUACCUCUGAAAAUCGCCACCUUAACUUUUAUCUUGAAGAAUUCCUUCAGACUGUGUCUAUGCUGGUGUCCAGGGGCAUUCCAGUCAUUUUUUUAUUUUUUGUUUUACAACAAACUGAAAGUGGCUUACUAUCGAUUUCCGGAAUCUUGUUAAACCACCCAAUCCCUUUCUUUGUGAUCUGCAUUCUAAGUUUCCUUUCAGAUUGUGUAAAUCCCCAUUUAUCCGAUGCAGAUUGGAAGCAGAAUUUCUCAUAUAUGAGACGGCAGGAAUGAAGUGGGGGUUAAGGUAAUUGUGUGUGCAUGUGUGUAGUUCUUGCACACUUCUACACAGCUCCCACCCUCUCCUAAGCAACAAUUACUUAAUAUUAUGGCAUGAAUAGAAAAACUUGGAUGCUCUUGAUGCUCUUUUGUUGACUAUAGAUCCCAUCAUUCUGGCCUCUUGAUAAGAGGGAUAACACCCAGGUUAAAUCCAUGUUUUCCCUGUCCCCUUAUGGAGGGAUGUGGAAGCCCUGUGUAUUCAGAACUGCCCUUUUUAUGAACAUAAUAAAUUAAUAGUAUUAACACAGUAUAUUGCCUUUAGCUUAAUCUGGACCCAGCUCUUAGGUUGUUGACACAAUAUUUUAUUUUAUUUCUCAUUUCUGAAACGAUCUUUGGAUUUAACAUUCAGAAACAUAGAAUGGAAAUAAUAUAACUGGUAUAAACAUUCUUUUUCUAUCUCUCUGAUCAAUGGAACAUGGAGAAUAAAAAUUGGAGUGGCAUUAUGGAUCCUGGGAAAUGAGUGACUGGUGACAUUAUGUGCUCAGUCCACUUUUGACAUAUAAACACUCCACCUUGGCAACUUUAAGAUGUGUGGACUUCAAACUCCCAGAAAUCCCGAGCCAGCCAUGGGAAUUCUGGGAAUUGAAGUCCACAAAUCUUAAAGCUGCCCAGGUAAAGAAAUAGUGACCUGAAGUUACAAGCCAACUGUCUCUGUCUGCCAGUUCCUUAAAAGGUUCCUUAAAAAUUACAAUUAUUUUUUAAUAUGCCCGGAAGGAAAAUUACAAAAUACACAAAGAGAAUUCAUACAAGUUGUAAUUAUUAUAAUAAACACUUAAUAAAGUUAAGUUUAUUUCUUGUUAUGUCCUUGCUCCACCAAAUUCCUGUGUCCUGGCUCAUGUGGCAGCCGAAACUCUGUCCCCCGCACCCUCUAAUCUCUACUUUUACUCUCUGUUUACACUUAUAUAUCCAGAUGCAUCUUGCCAGCAAGUAAGAUAAUGACUCACGUUUCCCCCUCAUCUAAGAUAAAAGGAAUAUUUCACAGGAACACAUAUACAAACACAAAACAAGAAAAAAAACUGUGCUAUCAUGUGUUAAUUACUCUUUAUGCUGAUUGUAAGAAAAUGAAUUAGCACUGUGAGAUUGUGAGGUUAUGUCUUUCUGGUUCUUUUUAAAGGGAAGCACAUCUGUACAUCAAGAGUCUCCCUAAGUCACAAUUUAAACCCUGUACGUAAACUUUUAAGUCUGUAAUAUGGGAGAAAAUUUACUUUUUCUUCUAAAUGUAAACUUUGUACAGUAAAUACACACACCUAUAUAUAAAUAUAUAAAUAUUUUCUAUCAACUCAGUUUGUCUUCUGAAAUGGCUAUUAAUUUAAUUUAAAAAUGGUUAGUAUUAACAAAGAAGGAGUUCUGUAUUGUUUUUUUCAGCUGUUGAGAGGGAAAAAAAAGUCUGAAAAAGAACGUUCUAUGCUAAUGAAAUUCUGAAUAUUUUAGAGUUUCUUUAAGUGAAUAAAAUUUUGCUCUGGA